AAUGUUGAUGAUUUUAUGGAAGCCGUGCAUACAUGUUGGCCUAAAGCUAUUGUUCAGUUUGAGGAUUUUCAAAUGAAAUGGGCUUUUGAAACAUUACAACGUUAUCGUAAGAGGUUCUGCAUGUUCAACGAUGACAUACAAGGAACUGCUGGUGUUGCUCUCGUUGGACUAUUGGGAACUGUGAGAGCUCAAGGGCGGCCAUUGAGUGAUUUUGUUAACCAAAAGAUAGUAGUGGUAGGGGCUGGAAGUGCAGGGCUCGGUGUUCUUAACAUGACUAUUCAGGCUGUUUCGAGAAUGGCAGGGAACAACGAUUCUAGUUUACUUUAUCAAAAACAAAGAAGAAAAGGAAGGGACCACAAGAAAUCAAUGGUGGAAUCGAUCAGGCAGGGUGUGGAAAAUUACAACUCAGUUUUUGUUUUCACUGUUGAGAACAUGAGAAACCUCAAGUUCAAGGAACUCAGGGAGCAGCUGAAGUCAGCUAGCAGUUCCAUCAUGUGCUGUCUAAAGUUUUGGACUUGAAGGGUUUGUCUUCAUCUUCCUUCUUCUCCAACGAUUUACGUCAUACAGAUGAGAUUUUUGUAGGCUGGAGGGAAGUUUUUGAAUUGCCUUCUGAAGGAGUGGGGUUGCAAUUUUUGGCGUCCUUUUUUAUGGAGCUUCUUUGACUUUUCUUUCUUUAUUUUGAGAUUUGUUCUGUUUUGAUUCCAUCAUGCCGUCUAAAGUUUUGGACUUGAAGGGUUUGCCUUCAUCUUCCUUCUUCUCCGACAAUUUACGUCAUACAAAUGAGGAGAUAAAGUUGGAAUGGGGCAUGGGCUUAGCUAAAAAUCGAGAAGUAGAAGCUGAACUUAUGGAGUUAGAACUCGAGAAAGAUAGACCAUUUGCACGGUCAAGUAUCGUGAAGAGUUUUGCUUAUCUUCACCUACAACUGUUCACCUGCUCUGGUUUAGUUUGUUUUGUUCCAUUCAAAUCCGACGAGAAGCUCCUGCUCCGAUUCUGCUUCCGUUUCGACUCGAUGAAACACUUAGUUCAGAUCCCGUUUUCAUCCUGCUCUAAUUUUGCUCUACUUCAAUUUCUUUUUACUCUGUUGAGUUUUGUUUUAGCUUCUUUCCGUUUGUUCUAUGUGCGUUUCUAAUUCUAUUCUAAAUUUUAUUUUCUUAGCAAUCUCAAGUUCAUUCUAGGACCUUGAGUUUGGGUAUUAGUGUAUUUAGAGUAUUUUAGAAGAUAUUAUUAUGAUAUUAUUCUCUAUAUUAUUUCCUUAAUAAUGUAUUCUCUAA